AUACCGCCAGCUUUAACUGGGAGUCAACAAUAUCUUGUGACAGGCUGUGCAGUUUCACAGAACGGACAUUAUAUCGUUUACUAGUUUUAUCGGGUUUCUUAUGUAUACAAAUAUCAGAGCCAGAUAGUAAGAAAAACCUUAACAGAAUUGUGGAUCAUUUUGAAAAACAAAAAAUGUAGGCAACUUUCUUUGGAUGAAAGGUAAUAGACGACCUUUUGCAGGCUUUGAGGCAGUUUUCCCUUGUGUUGUGGCAGGCUGAUGUAUCACUCAGUAGCAUGUCUCAGAACACGUUUGCUUUCACAUCAGCCACACUGCGAUCUCUGCGACUAGAAAAGGAUCUGCAGGACUGGCAGGAAACACGGAGGGCACUGGAGCACAGGAGGGUAAUGAGUAGACGGCCACUGCCGGCUGCACCCCGGCUCAGGCACGGGGCAGAGAGGAUCCAGACAGUACGAGCCCCUCCACCUCAGAUCCACUGCAGGGACCCGGCUGUUCACAACACGUUUAUGUAUGGAGAUAUGAGAAGUGUGUAUGCUAUACUCAAAGAACCUGGUAUGGUGAAUGCCCUAAUGGAGAUUGUACAUGAGGAGAUGGCAUGGACUCCAGAAAUGGGCAUGUGGACUCUGUGUUCUAAAGUGAAGCAGACGUCUGCCCUGCGCUUGGCUGCCAGCACUGGUCACUAUGGAUGUGUGGAGGAGCUGUUAUUCCGUGACGCGGAGGUUGAUGCUGACCCGGGGGGACGAUCGGCCCUCCACGACGCUUGUUCCGGGGGUCACCAUGCCUGUGUAAAGUUGCUGCUGGAGCAUGGAGCUGAUCCCAAUCUGAUGUCAGCUGACGGCAAUGCGCCCCUCCACCUCUGCAACACUGCUGAGACCUAUGCCUGUACAGAACUGUUAGUCAGCAUGGGCGCCGAUGUGAAUGUGGCCCAGCGUGACACAUGUCUCACUCCACUGCACUUAGCAUGUAGGAGGGGUUUGGCAGAACAUGUGGAACUGCUGUUGGCUCACAGAGCUGAUGUGACUGCACAGAACCGUGAGGGUGAGACACCGCUGAAUGCUGCAUGUGCCGGUGCUGAGAGGCCAGCUGAGGCUGCGAGAUACUUGGGUGUGGUGCAGAGACUGAUACAAGCUGGAGCACAUGCACACACAGCAGGCAGGAAGCAGCACACUGCCCUACAUAACGCCUGCAGUAACUGCAGCUAUCAAAUUGCUGAUAUGCUUCUGCAGCAUGGAGCUAAAGCAGAUGCUACCAACUGUGCUGGAUACACACCCAUGGACUGCCUGCUGCAGGUGAGGCAGAAGUACUUUAUACCACAGGUUGUAGAGGAUUAUCCAGACCAGCACCCUGAAUUAAUCGCUCGUUCACUUCUCAACCACGGAGCAAAGCCUCCUUUUACCAAACUACUGAAGUUGUGCCUUCUCUCACCUGCUACUUUGGAAGUGAUCCUGAACUGCUACCCAUUGGUACCAGACUGUGAGGACUUGCUGCAGAAAGUCCCAAAUGAAAUCCUGAUGGAGCACAAGAGUUUCUUUGACUCAGUUUGCCAGAUGCGUGGGCAGCCUCGUACACUCCAGCACCUUUGUCGAUGUUCUCUGAGAAUCAGUCUGGGUGCACAAUGCCAGUCUGCCAUCAAUAAGCUAAACAUCCCAUGUGCACUUAAAGAGUACCUACUACUGCCCAUUAAAGGAGAACUCCAAUGAUGCAUGAACAGGAAAUAAGUCAGAAACAUAAACUCCAUUAACCAUGAACUGGCUAUUUCUAAUGCAAAAAGCUUUUAUUGUCUUUAUUUUUCAUGGUGCCAGUCAAAUGACCAUAAAAUUGACCAACGAUUCCA